AUGUACAAGGCCGUCGUCCUGCCGACGCUACUGUAUGGAGCGGAGACUUGGACGGUGUACGCAAAGCAGGCACGUCAUCUGAACCACUUCCACCUCAGUUGUCUUCGUCACAUCCUGAGGCUGAACUGGCAGGAUCGAAUCCCCGACACUGAUGUGCUGGAACGGACGGGAAUCCUCAAUCUACGCCAUACUGAGGCAAAUUCAGCUGCGAUGGAACGGCCACCUGGUGCGCAUGGACGACGAGCGACUACCCAAACGACUCUUCUACGGAGAAGUCGCGACGGGUUCUCGCCGUCAAGGGGGCCAGAUUCGCCGUUACAAGGAUACCCUGAAGUCCUCCCUGAAAUGCCUGCAAAUCAGCCCCACCAACUGGAAGGAGCUCGCACUCGAUCGACCGGCCUGGAGGAGGACAGUGAAGACAGGCGCUGCGAUCUAAGAAGCCAACCGUAUCGCUGCCGCCAAAGCGAAACGUGAAGCCCGCAAAUCACAACUUCGCCCAGUAAGCAACGCCGCCGCGCAACCGCUUCCAACGUGUCCUCGAUGUCAACGGACAUUCCGGUCUCGAAUCGGACUUGUUAGACAUCUUCGGAUUAACUGCGCCUCUCGAACGGCACCAACCAUCGUCCUCCCGCCUGCCUCUUCCUCCUCCUCUCCGCAGCCAAAUAACCCUGACAAUUCUUCUGACCCACCACUUCCAUCAUCCUCUUCCUCCUCCUCCUCCUCCUCCUCCUCCUCGCCCACUGCUCCAACGGCGGCCGCUCAGGCGACUGUCCCACGCACAGCAAUCGACACUACCACCACCUCCCUCGACUCCAGGGAUGAGGAUCAGGACUACACCUGCCCUCACUGCGACCGUACCUUCACCUCACACAUCGGCCUGGUCGGUCACUUGCGAAUCCAUCGCACAGAGACUGGCGAACCAGUGCGCGAAGCACCAACCUACACCCACCGCACUCGUCUCCACUGCCCACACUGCCCUCGCACUUUCAGGCAUCGCAUGGGCCUUUUCGGCCACAUGCCCAUCCACGAGAGCGGCCUUGCCCGCACUCCUGACACACCCACCACAUCCAACACAUCCACCGUGCACACCCCCACUCUCGUUCCAUCCGUCCGCGACACCACCACCACCACCAGCACCGCCUCCUCUGUAGCUGACACUGACACCGUAGACUUCUCAUGCCCACACUUUCCACUCACAUUCACCUCACGCAUCGGCCUGGUCGGUCACUUGCGAAUCCAUCGCACAGAGGCUGGCGAACCAGUGCCUGGAGCACCCAUCUAUACCCACCAAGCUCGUCUCAACUGCCCACACUGUCCUCGCACUUUCAGGCAUCGCAUGAGCCUAUUCGGCCACAUACGCAUCCACGACGACCUGCGGUAGACAACCGCCGGCCACACCACACAUUCACUCACUCCCUACCUCCUCCUCCUCCACCACCACCAUCACCCCACCAGAAAUCAACACUCACACACCUCAUGCACCCAACUGCCACCUCCCACGCAAGUGGGAAGUCCGCAUCUCGACUCGGUCCCCAUGCGGCUUCGGCUGCACGAGUGACUUGAGUCCGAGACUAUCCCGGCACGUCAAGCGUCGUGGAUAGGAAGGUUGCUGAUUGACGCCCGCUCUCGGUUCACGCAGUUCGUCGCGUUGUGUGUGUGUGUGUGUGUGUUGUGUGUGGAGUGGCGGACUGGUGGGCUGGGAACGGGCUGAAACCGCACCUUCCACGCACUCUCACGCAAGUGAGAGACACGCUGUUCAACCCCCGUUGUGUGAAAUCCUGGUUUUGUGUGUAUGGGGGGCCAGGUCGUGCCGUGGCGCGCGCAGUCAUGGUCAGUCGACCAUGACAGCCACCGCGCCCAUUCCCCACUCCAGUCUGCUGACCGGCUCGGACAGCGGCUGGGGUGUGGGAGUGGGAAGGGAGAGUGAGGUCGACGACUCAGCGCACUUUCUCCUCACCAUAAACAAUCUGACGCGCUUGAAGCUAUCACGGUGCGCUAAAAGCCGUGGCUUGGAAGGUUGCCAACUGACGGGGUACCUUGGACCUCCUCCUUGAGCGGAGGCGAUCUGAGAGUCAGGCUGCAAUGGCUCCUUUUUAAUGUGGCCUUUAUGGCACUCCCAUCACAGUGUGGGAUCUGAGCCAGGUGUUGGCGGCACGCCCAGGUGCGGCUUCGGCUGUGCUAGCCUCCAAAUCUCUCUUGUGUUGGUUGAAAUCCUGGUUAUUUGUUGUGUGGACCAGGGGGUGUGGUGGAACGCCAAGGUGAGAAUCCGUCCGAGCCAUCCACCUACGGCCUCUCUCAUCUCCGGUCUUCUUGACACUGUCUUGACACCGGGCUCGGGUGAGGGAGGAGGAGAGAGUGUAGGUAGAUGCUACGCAAGUCUACCGGCGCUAUAAACCCCUGCGUAAGUCACCGUCCCUGCUCCCAUUGCUGCUGCAACUGUGGGGCACACGGUGGACAUCAUCGAAACCGAUGGUCGAACUGUCGGUGGUGGUGGUGGUGGUGGUGGUGGUGGUGAGCGAUUAACAGUGCUGGAUGAUGGCGAAUUUGUCGGAUGUGCGAGGUGUGCUCGAUGCGUUGUUAUUGCGGUAAAUUUCACCGCCAUAAAUAAGCGUGUAGUCGGCCAGGUCCGUGUGGUCGCGGCGCGAUAGGUUCGCAAGUGACCGACCGAGUCGAUAUGGGGGUGAAAAUCCGAUCGCAGUGAGGACAUUUUGGGAUCGAGACCACAUUGUUGGUGGUGGUCAUGAUGAUUCUGGUAGUGGUGAUGAUGAUGAUGAUGAUGAUGAUGAUGAUGAUGAUGAUGAUGAUGAUGUUACGAGGCUGAAUUUUUAGUUUGCAUGAGGGAUUUCUAAACAUUAGGCGCGAUAAUCCUUAUUUUCGUAUUCGACCAUGCGUUGGAUUCUUUUGCGCCAACAGAGGUUUCCAAGUUAGGGCUUAUGUGGCUGAAUUUGCGCUUUACUGUUUAAAAAUACAUGUAAGAACAAGAAUGGAGGGUUUACUAGCAAAACGAAUGACAUUUCUGCAUAUAUAUUAUAUCUGUACAGCAUCGCUCGAAAUGCUAUCGCGAAAGCCAGCCCGGGAAAUGUUCUGCAUACAUAAAAAAUUAAAUAUUCAUGGCAUGCACUCCUAUCUCUCUCUCGCAGACGUCAGUUGUUAGGACUGUGGGCUGCAUUAUUAAACAAUUUUCUGCCUUGGUUAGGAUUUAUGUGCUCUCAUAGCCUAAAUUUUUCUUGCACUAAAGAAGCGUAGUGUUUUUCGUGUCCGUCAAUGAAUGCUGGGAUGUAAGGAAUUGAAUCUAUCUGUUCUUUCAUGAUCACCUAUCUGGAUGAUUGUUUGCGAAUGAUGCCCUAACGAUUGAAUCGAUGCCGAAAUAACACUGAUAAGCUCAAAUGCCCCGUGUUGCUAUAAGUAGAUGCUUGCAGGAACUAUUUAUGCGUCGGCCAGCGUACAUUUUAGAGAGACUAACUUUUCCUCCCAAAGCGCAGCAGAACUAUUCAGUAGCCGUUAGUUAUCGAGUCAACAAUGUGUAUUGAAAGUUAGUUACCAGCAACGGUAGGGUGAAAGACCCAACUUAACUGUCGGUAGACUGUUGAUCACGUCACAUCUGGUUCUAUCUUGGCAUCUAUUUGCAGGCCUUUGCAGACACUACACUGCCAACAACAAUUAUUUGUCAUGAUCUCAAACCAUUACUCAAAUCUUGUUAUUUUUUAAAAAUAUACCUUUGUUAAGUUUUUUUAGUAACCUGCUCAUUUUCGUUGCCAUACUAAGGCGAACGAUAAGACUUUUAGGUGAAAUCUAGACUAUUUCUGUUUUCUUGCACUUCGCCAGCUUGCUGUCUGGCAUGCUGCAUCACCCAUAAAACCCCCAUGACCACCAUUCCCGCAUACCACGAUUCACAGUCCACCGACAGUUAAGUGGGGUCCCUCACCCUACCCUUGCCUGAGUUACCUUAUCUGACCUCUGGGCGGAUGUUUGCAACUGCCUUCAUAUUCCUGAGAGCCCGUACUCAUGAGUACAUCCUCUAGCGGCAAAAACUAAUGAAGUUUGCAUGCGUGAAUAACGUGGACAUGAUGUUUGGAGAUUCAUUGUAACAGCUCUCGUCCAAUCGCGUGCGAGUCGACGGUAACGGAUUAUAAGAUCCGGAAGUACGCAUAUUUUUAUUUGUUUUAGUUGUUAAUUUAAGUUGUCCUGCAAAAGUUUCUGCUGAUAAGAAGUGAGGCCAUAAAACUGUAGAGACAUUACCUCCCAUCUGCAGCCGAAAUACUCUUCCACACCAAAGACUUUAAUUUAACACGUGAUUUUUGCUUCCCCUGCCUCUUAGAAUCCGCAUCUUUACCAAUGUGGACAGCGUACCCGCAAAUCUGGGUUCGAGCGGCACUUAUGUGCUGCAAGAGUACAUAACCAACCCCUUACUGGUAGACGGCUACAAGUUUGAUCUGCGAGUCUACGUCCUUAUCACCUCCUGUUGCCCUCUGCGGGUUUUUGUCUACAACGAGGGCUUGGUGCGUGUCAGCGCUGAAAAGUACAUAAAUCCGGUUGAACCAAAUGGCGUGAGUCCUCAAAAACUUUUACUUGCGUUGCCAUUUCUGCCUACUGUUUUUUACUAGGUAGGCAGUUUUAGACGCUGAAGCAGGCAGGGCCUUGUUGAAAGUAAGUAGAGUGCUGGAGAAUUUAAAAAGCGGCGCAUCUCACUGACGGCUACCAUUUCAGGACAGCAUUCCACUUUCUCCACAUUUUAACUUUGUCCCCGUCGUUUAUAAAUCUCAGGUGGUUAGAGCGUUGGCUGCGCUAAAGCCUUCCCCUUACUGCGUGGGUUCGAAUCCCACCGAGGCGCCGAGUUUUUCACAGUUGGGUCAAUAUGAAUUAUUCAAAAUCUGCCAAAAUAUCAAUGAAGUUUAUAAAUCUGUUUACCACGUAAAUGCAGAUACAUGACGUUUUAUGAACGGCCAUUUAACGGUAUUAAAAUAUCUCACAAUGAGAAACUUUUUUAAAACCGAAUUAUACUCUUCUUUUAAGUAUGAAAUUGGAAGAAGACGUGGUUUUCUAUUUUACCGAAUAAGUAAAAGAAUGAAUAUUUUUAUGCAUGGUUUCAACGAAAUAUAAUUGAAUUUUCAAGGGCAUCGAAAAUCAAUGAGAAAAUUGCCUGCUACUUAAGUAGUCAUUUUUUGCAGAGUAAAGAUCUUGCAUGCAGCCGAAAAUAAGUUCUUUCGAAAGCCGACACCCUGUGGUAACUGGUUCAUUAUAGAUUUAUGCUGCAUCAUGAUUAGUUUUACGACACUACUUAAUUUAUCUUUUCGAAACGAGAAUACAUUUCGAACUUUUGGUUGACGUUUCAUGAUUCAGCACAUCUACUGUGCAAGCCGGCAACAACGGUCGAACUGUUAUGCGGCGUUGGAUUUUUCGACGUUCACAUCUUGUCGAGGCUUGGUGUCAUUCUGCAAGCUGGUCGGAAUUAGCCCGUGGAAUUAGCAUGAAUCGCGUCCCACAGCAUGUUCCGGUUUUUUCCAACAUCUCCAUAUCAUUUUAUAUCCAUUCUCCCCGGCUUGGCAUUAAUUUCACGAUCGGUUCUCAUUUCACUUCACUUCUUGCGCCACGCUGGAGCUUUCGGCUUCGAUAUAAGCGAGAAUGCCAGUUCCAGGAGACAGUCGGAAGAAAGAAGGCGUGAUUGCCUGAACAAGAAGUUUACUUAUCUGUCAGACAAGGCGGUGAAGGAGACGAAGAACAUCAUCCGACAUCAUUAAAUAUGAAGGCAAUGUGGAUUCCUGCCAAAUGAGCAAAAGAAAGCAUAUUUUUUGCAUGUUCUCUUCAAAAUAUGUUUGAAUUCAUAAGACCAUCGAAAAUCAAUAGAAAAAGUGCAUGCUACUUAGGUAGUCAUUUGUUACUGAGUGUGAUUUCUGCAGGAGGUCAAAAAUAAGUGCAUUCGAAAGCCGACAUCCUGGCGAGUCCGAAAUGUUAUAGGAUUAUCUCGUUGUCCUAUCGGUUUCGAUCGGGAAUGUACAAUGGUAGAGGGGAAGUCGCCUAUCACGCCACGGAAAUCACUCGCCUCGUUGUGCGUUGGGGCCACACUACACCUACUCAGAUAAGAUAAGAAGGAAAUUUUUUGAACAACUACUAAGGAAGCUUACGUACCCUACCCUUACCGUUAUCUUCUCAACAGCAUCGAGGAAAAGAUUAUUUUCUUGCAUAGAAAAUAUUUAGCUGGUAGUUUAGAAAUCCUAAAUGUAUGCUACUUAAGUUGUCAUUGUUUUACUGAAUGUGGUUUCUGCAGGAGGUCAAAAGGAAGUGCGUUCAAAAGCCGACAUCCUGGCGAGUCCGAAAUGUUAUAGGGUUAUGCUGCAUGGUAAUCAGUAUAACAACCCCACUUAAGUAAUCCUUCCUAAUCGGAAACACAUUCCAGAAUUUUGGCCAACAUUUCAUGAGAUCCGUCACGCACUGUACUUUACAUCGUCGCCUGUUCGUUCUUCGUCUCCACGUGUAAAACCCCUACUAACAACCAUGCCGUAUUACAGGUGAAUGGGGUCUGUUUACUUCAGGUGGGGCUACACAAUCAAAUCUGACCGCUAUCUUAAAUUAAUUAGCUUGAGAUCACGUCCUUGGUUUGUUAACAUUGAAACCUUACUUAAAAAAUCUGCCAUAGUUUGGAGCCCUUUACAUAUGUUAGUUUCCGCAGAUUCUUCGCUUGGACCCCUUAACCUUCUACAAAAUGUAAAUAAGAGCAAAGACAUAGGGGCUUGCUCUAUAACUGCAGUAUAUUUGACGGAUUUUAAGCACACAUCUUUGGCAGUUUCAUGUUUUGCGACUCUACAGGAAUCUAUGUAUAGACACCUGACUAACUACACGCUGAACAAACGUCAUCACCAGUACGUCCGUUGCGAUGACGAGUCCACUGGCAGUAAACGCUCAUUUGCCUUCCUGGACAACUACAUUCAAGAGAACCUGCAAUCCGACCCACAAAUUAUCUGGCGCCGCAUCCGGAAUCUCAUCGUAAAGACUAUGAUAAUUGGUGCACCACAUAUCAACCAUGCAUACCGCCUCUUUCACCGCGGGAGCGGUCGCCCUACUAGCCUCAGCUAUCCAGCCGGUGAGACCGUCCGGGCAGCGAAGGGCAGUACCAGCUGGACUGCCUCAUGUUCACAAACAUCUGACCGCAAGGCCUGGAAUGUGGCGCCUCGGCGAAUAGCAAAAAACGGCUCCAACUCCAGCUCCACGGGCGCAGCAACAUCUGCCACCGCCACCCCUGACCGAGCGACCGCUGCGAUUCGAUCGGCCGCCUUUGAGAUUCUCGGGUUUGACAUUAUGUUGGAUCGCAACUUACGACCCUGGCUCAUUGAAGUUAACCGAUCGCCAUCGUUCGGUUGUGAUCAAGAGCUGGAUCUGCGGGUGAAGUCAGGCCUGUUGCGUGACGCUCUGCAUCUAAUCAAUAUACGGUAAUUUUGGCGAAUUUUAUUUUCUUAAUUUGAUUUCUACUUUUCAGUUUUUAGUAAACCGUUUUUGCUAAUUUAAUAUAGCCCGUCUGACAAGCAGAUGGCAGAGGAGGCGAUGAAGAUGCGAUCAAUCCGACGACUGCUUUCUGCAUCCCCCAGUCAAACACUUCUCUCUUCGGCAUCGCACGAUUCCGCACCAUUGCACUCUAUAAGUCCAAAGUCCAUAUCCACUGGCAGUAACAAGCCAAAAGGCGAAGCUUAUGUAAAACACGGAGGCCCUAAUUCUCAGGACCUGGCGGCUGACUGGCUGCAAAAACCUUCAGAACUGUACAGGCGAAUCCGUGAACUGGUAUGUCUGGCAUGUUGAACCGAGAGACUUGCAUCCGCAAUUAUGGAAUUCAUUCACCAGCUAUGUGUUUGCGAGGAGUGCUCCGCCAUCAGUAGUUGGUUUUUGACCUUUUCAAACUAACUGACAUAUAUUCACGGCAAACUGUAGUCAAGGUUCUAUUCAACGCACUUACAGAACGUUUCUGAAGCAUGCAAAAACGCUUUUUCCCAGAUUUAUUUCUAGAGUUUCAUAGCUCCGGUGUUUCUUGGCAGGCUAACUCGUGAAAUAUGCGAACGCUAUGUGUUACACGCCUCGGAUGUUCGAUGUUGUAUGGAGGUCGGUGGUUCGAUUUAGCCCUACGACGUAUGCUGUGUAGUUGCGUGGGUUUCCAAACUUUCAUUAGUUAACACUAAGAAAAUAGCUGCUACUUGUUAUUCUAGAUAUGUCACAUGUUAUUUACAGACGCCGUAGACAACAAAAUUCGGUCUGGCGUUCGACAAGGUUGUAUCCUGUCUCUUAUUCUGUUCAACGGCGCUAUUAACUGGAUUAUCGGGAGGCCCUUAAACGAAGGUGACGGUACUGAGUUCGCGCCCGGCACAGACUGACUGACCUCGACUAUGCCGAUGAUAGUGCCUUACAUGAUUCAAGUUUUGGUGAUCUGUAGUCAAUGGUGUCACGGGUGAACGAGGUCGCUCAAUCGGUCGGUUUAUCCAUAAACGCUGGGAGUACCAAAGCGUUCUCAACCUACAUCCCUGACCAGGAGGAGCCAAUUUAUCGGGAUGCAUUGCUGUCAACUUGGGGAGGCAUACGGUGUUAAAUAUCUCGGGAGGAGGCUGCUAUCGAAUGGACGGCGUAAGGACAACGUUGUCUCCUGAAAUGAUGCUGCUCGACAGGUUUUCUCAAGCCUUCGAAAAUGCGAUAGCUCCAUCGCCAUUAAGAUUCAGGUGCACCGUGCAUCUGUGCGGCCAGUCCUUCUCUAUGGUUGCGAAUGCUGGGCUAUGGGAAGAAGUGGGAGGAGGAGGAGGAGGAGGAGGAGGAGGAGGAGGAGGAGGAGGAGGAAGCAGUAGAGGAAAAAGGACUGACCUUUGCAAGUCCUUGUUUAUGACGCCUAUUGCACUUAGCCACUUUGAUCAAAGACUGGGUGCUAUGUAACUCGGCGCGUAUCGUGGAAAGUGCUUUAUCCAAUCAGAUAACGGGGCAUGCUAACCCCGCUGAGAUGGACCUUCCCGAGGUUGAGAAGUGCUUACUGAUGACGGCCAAUAGGCCAGAAAGGGCCAUCCCAGUCUACCUUGUCUUUGUUAACACUCAUUCUGAAAUCUAUAGGCGUUAUACUGGUACGAAAACUGACGGAUCAGUAAGCAUCCCAUCCCAUUUGUAGUGAGCGAGAGGGAAAUGUGCAAAGCUCUAUUCAUGCGAGAUUUCGUGGGCACGAUCUAAGGUAGAGAAUCUUGAAUUGUAUCAUUUCAGCAAUCAAAUGAUUAAGAAGUAGACAGAAUGUUUUUACCGAAAAAGAAAAAGGAGACUGGAGUGGCCAUUUCUGGCUUAUUAGCCGUCGUCAGCCAAUCAUAUUCAACCCCGAAGUGUGGAACACAUGGGGCUCGAUCGUGCGGCCUGUUAGAUAGAAGUCCAACGUCUUUGACCACUGAGCCUCGGACUCAUUGUCCUGUCGGUUUCGAUCGGGAAUAUGUAACGUUAGAAGAACACUCACCUAUCGUCCUCGUCACUCGUCCUGUUGUGCAUUACGGGCUCUCUUUUGAGCCCAACUAACAGCCGCACAGCGACGCAUGAUAUAGGAAGAAUGGUAUUACCGACAAAGAAAAGGGAGACUGGAAUGGCAACCGACAGGAUAACGAGCCCGUGGCUUAGUAGUUGGAGGUGUUGGACCUCUAACUAACAGGCCGCGGGAUCGAUCCCCUGGUGUUCCACAACUCGGGGUUGGGUAUGGCCGGCUGGUGACGGCUAAUCUGCCGGAAAUGGCCACUCCAGUCUCCACUUUCUUUGUCGGUAAAACCAUUCUGCCCAUAUAAUGUGCUGGUCGGGCUCGAGAGAGAGCCUUAAGACGCAACAGGACGAGUGAGUUCCGUAAAAACUAUCGGUGUGCGUUCCUCUACCAUUGAUUAAGAAGUCCCUGCAAGACAUCCGUUAUUAAUCGUUGCACGAGUAGUUGUUCAAAUAAAUUGAAUUUUGUUUCCGACUGCCGGUGAGAAUGCUUGCCCCUUCGCUAAAGUCCUUUCCGGUAGUUCACAUGCCUAACCGCGUAAUGAAAACUAUCUACUUCCCAUGCGGCCAACUCAAUUGGGCAAAAAUGGUUGGAACAUACUUUAAAGAAGAAAGGGACAGCGGUGAAGCAUUUUCCUGCGACAGAGGGAUUCAAAGCACUCUCAUCCAGAAUAGUCGGUUUUAUUCGGUUCGGUUCGUAGGUUUAACGCUAAAUUUUCGCAUUGCUUCAGUGAUGUCUAGACGACACACUUGUGUGGUUUCUCCCAACAGAGAGAACGGCUCUUCGAGAUGCAACGAGAGUCGGAGCUAGAGUGCUUCGAGAACGCAAACUGCGGCAACUGGCGGCGGGCCUAUCCCACCUCAGAUCGUGUUCUUGAACAGCGUUAUGCUCGCCUACUGACAAACGCCUUUCUCGACUUCAAUAAGGGCAGUGAAGGCGACCUCCUCCAUGUUAUUCAACUCGCCCAGCCAGGAGGUCAACAGGUCUGUCUGCCUUUUACUUUUCGGCUUAUUAACCCAGUUUGGUUUUUAUUGUUAGUCCGUGAGCAUGUGUUUUCGUCUAGUCAAGUCCUCACUAAGAGGAAACAGCGUGAACUUGUAUGUUGGGAGGAGUUUAGAGACCAUUUGUUGUCUGCAACCGAGAUAAGCAUGCGCCGAUUCAGCCGAGCUCUCAGAGUAAACUGCCCAUCCUCUGGGAUACCUGGUCACAAUCGACCGUCUACCCGAUCGCAAAACAGCUUACUAUGCUUUGCUACCUACUGUAAUUACCUCAGUAGGCACUUAUUUGUUUGCUAUUUCGUGGCAAUAGGCUUUCUUGACAUGCCUUGACCUCGUCGGUUCCCAUUACCCAUGGACCCCUGUACCGGCUGGGUCCACACUGCCGUAGGUAGACUGGAAAGGCGAGGGAAGACUGAGACAACAUCCGUUUCAGAGGUCUUAAUAUCCCCCUCGCUCAGCAAGUGUGCCAACCAACAGCGGGCCCCCUAAAGCACAUCAGAGUGCUUAAACACAGCGGGGUCUAAAUGAUGUGUCACCACAAAACAAACGGACUGGGAACCCAUGAUGGGAGUCCUGUUUAAAAGGCCGCCGUCCAAUCGACUGGACUCAAUUUGUAGACCGUGCGUACUGUAGAUGAAUACACAUUUAUUUGUUCCAGUCACGGAGAAGGAUGCUUAGGGCAUUUAUUUGCUGAUGAGGCCUGAGGCGGUUGCCGUUUCAGCCUCACUCAGAUAGGAUUUUUUGCAUGUCUUUAGACUGCCUUACCAGUGUCCCGUUGCCAAAAUUAGUGCUAACAAGAAAUAGAGAAAACACUCAAUGCGCUUAACAAACUUCGAACCGCGCACCUAGGUGUUUACGAGAAAACACAGCCGUAACACUGAUACCAAACACUUGAACCCACGGGGUUUCCAAAGACCUCUUGUCCAAAGGGCGGGCAAAUUUUCAGUGCAUACUUUCGCCGCUUAAAUCUGCACAGCACAAGGUGCCCUUCUAGGUCCAGAUGCAAACGUACAAAGACUGAUUGAGAGGAAGCCUACGAAAAGUGUUUGGAGGAGAGAGUCGACUGCGGAAAUCGCCCUCAACAUCAGGAUUAGCCUCAGUAUAGCCAAUUUGGGAGAAUGCGACUUGCCUACUGGCUAGGCCGUGGGAUAUCCGGCGUGCCCAAAUGUUGUGGCCUCUGAAACGUCUUUCAACGAAGGCCUACUUCGAUAUAUGUGUGCUCUCGGGACUAAUGACUGAACACAUGAGGACUCUGCGUUGAUAAUUUCUCUAUGACUGACUGAACACCGAUUUAAAGGAUCGGUGAUGCACAAAAAGACUUUAGGCCAUUACAGCAGUACCACAUGCCGAUAUGCAAACGCUGGAAUGCGGUAAGUCCCGGUCUUCCAGUUUGUGAACGGUGCUGUCUUACGUUUUCGUCACUCAGUUGAUGUCUCAACACUAAUUUCGAUCGAUAUACCUUUCAGUUAAUUCGGCGGAGGUUAUAAGGCCUAGUUCUGGCUCACAUACCCAUGAUGAAUAUUCUCUCUUGAUCUUCCGUUAUGUCACCUGGGAAUCGUAUUUUCCUCAUUCAUCCCCUUGCUCCGUCAUACCUUAAACCCUGACCCCGAAGACCUUGUACUUGGAUCCCGGUCGACAUGGUCGUUGAGCUUAACGCUCUGCCAGUUUAGCCGAAGACUGUAUUGCCAUAAGGAGCGUUUGAAGUCGUCCGGGCGUAGCGCUUUACUAACCAGAGGAGAAAUCGCAUCGUUUAUGUUAUGACCCGGCCUGGUACUUGAAAGCACAUAGGGAGCGUAUGCGUACCCGACUCUUGUCCCCAAUGCCAACGCGGCAGAUAAGGAGAACACGACCGGCCACGAAAAUGUGUAUUAGGAAAUUGCAAGUCAAAAUAAGCUGAAGUAACGCAUAUUUAUAACGCCCUACUGUGCUUCGCCGGCAUUCGGCCGAAUGCCCUUCGGGAAGAACAUUCCAGAUGAACCGGUCGAUAAUUCGAAUAUGCAGAUCGAUAAGGCCCGAGGGGAAAAGCCAAUGGAGAGGCGCCAAGAUUAAGAUGACAGCGCUGUAGGGAAAAAGCACGUGGCCUCCAGUGAUUGGCUGGCUCUUGCUUUUGGAAGUGUAGGCACUCACAACAGUUUACUUCUCUAUGCUGGCUCUUACCUAGAGCACCGGCCUAGUGACUAGCAAUUGAUAUGCAAAAGGCAGUCGAUUACUUUUUCCUCUUGCCUCUGCAACCAAUCGUUUUGGUUCCGGCCUAUAAUUCUAAAGCAAAAUGAGACGCACGUUUCACCCCUCCCCCAUGGACUGGCUAGGUCCGUAAAGUCUACAUCCACUUACAGUAGAUUGGUGUUCUAUGCUGUCAUGGUGGCGAUAAGUGGAGUUAUAGCAGUGUUUCUCACAUUAACAGUUUUGUUCGUCGUAGUAAAAUGUGUUGAAAGUCACGCCUAUGGUUAAUGGAGUGGUUAUGUGUAGGGUGAUGAUUGCAACUUGAACAGCUCUGGAUAUGUCGCGUUCCCAGUCUCUUUGGGGAUUUUGAUACUGAUACGAGUGGCGUUGGUGGUGACGCUGGAUUCCGUGCUGUCAAUAUUCUCAGGACUUUGCGCUUUGCUAAGACAAAAGCAUCAUAUGUUCAUAUUUUGGUUCUGGACUCUGCUUCCACAACAUCUGGUUUCCUUUGUACCAACUUAAUUCGUAAGAUCUUUACUAAAUGUGACGGAAGUCUUGCCUAGAGCGUUGAGUCGGACUUUUCCGUUCAUAUUUUACGCAUGUGGAAACAUAACCCCUUGAGGCAAAACUAUGUCAACGCCCUCGGCAUGUGGUUUUCUCAAUACCACGACUAAAAACUAUCAUAAUUAAAUAUGUACUCUCCCUUUCCUAUUUAUUCUAGCCAAGAAGAACUGUAUUGAGUGUUCUGUGGUAUUUUUGUCUGUCACCACAUGUGAUCAAUUUAAGUCUCGCGGGACUAAUGCCUUCCCCUUGUAGGAGGACGAAAUCCGACGUCAUCUGGAAUUCAUGGAACGCGAGGCAUCCAAACUGCAGUCAAACGUGGUAGGUGAAGCCACUACACCCAUAAUUAUUAAGAAUAUACCCCGUGCUACUGACUGGGUCGAGUAGUAGGAAAAUUAUAUGCUCUCAGAACUUUCAAGGAGUAUUUGAGGGUUGGCGGGGUGCGAUGAUACGCCUGGGUGCGCGUUUCGCUGUGCCAGCCACCUGUGCCCACUCCUGCCUCCGGUCGUCUUGCCUGUGUCUUCACAUCGGGCCCAGGAGCAGGAGGAGGGGAGAGCGAGGUAGAUGCUGUGCAAGUCUACUACCACUAUAAACUAUUUCACGCGCAAGUCACCGCCCUUGCUCCUACCCUGCUGUGGAGCAUAAAAUGGACGUCGUCGAACUGCCGUUGUGGGAUAAAAGGAGGUUUGAUGGGAACUUUUAAAAACAAACUCCUACAGGCGACUACUCAGUAGUAGUUAUAUCGUGUGGAUGCUUGAGGGUGGAAAUGCCGGAGGCGUAUCGGCCUAACGGAAUCCCUUUUGUUAUAUCAUUUUAUCGUUUAACAAUUCAGAAAGGCAACCAACAUUAAGCCGCCAAGUUUUGCUUGGAGUCCUUUAUUGUGUCCAUGUGGUUUGUUAUGGAGAACGAGGGCGGACUAACGACGCCACGAUCUAAGACAAAGGGAAUACGUGACCACGCAGCGCACUGAAGGCCAGCCCGUCCACACGCGUACAUGCAGGCGGCCAAUCAGCACGUGAUGCCUUUGCUCACACGUGCGGUCCAAUCAAUGGCCGUUCGAACGCGCAACACUUUUUCUCGGGAGGGAUUGCCGCGCAAAAAACAGCCAAUCCACGAUCAACACGCCAGAGUUGGGAACUAGGCUGUUAGAAUAGAGCUUUUGGUUUCAAGACACGCCUUCACCCAUCGGGUCAUAACCGGGUUUUUGAACCGAGAAAGGGUCUCUAUUACCAACUUUUGUGCGUACACAUCGACUUGCAGUGUAUGUCCAGUAAUUAUUCCCGUAAGGACCGCGCACCCAGAUGUUGAUGAGGGAGCCAUUGCAUCGUGCACUCAAAACGCGCCACGCUGUAGAUGCGCCAGAUGGGUCACAUCGGAGUCUGGCAGGCGUUAUCGGAAUUCGCACCAUAACAAAUGCCAACAUCUCUGGGUGCGGUGACAGACCCAGUUUCCGGCAGGACCCCUGGGACCCCUGCCGCCUCCGCCCGCUUUUGUUGUUGGUUAAAAGUCUGGUCAUUUACUGUGUGGGCCAGGAGGCGUGGUGGCACGCCUAGGUGCGGGUCCGUCCGCGCCAGCCACCUGCGCCCUCUCCCGCCUCCGGUCUUCUUGACUUUACCUUGAUACCGGUCUCAGGUGACGGAGGAGGAUGGAGUGCAGUAGGUGCUGUACGAGUCUACUACCACUUACGCACAAGUCACCGUGCCUGCCUUUACCUCGCUGUGAAUCACACCGUGGACAUCGUCAGCAUCAACGGUCGAACGGUCGUAUCGAUUAAUUACCACCAACGGUCGCGGAUUAGAAAACAUCGGCCGACUGAUUGCUCCAUAGGUAAGAGUGCCAUUUGUAAAGAAGACAGGCCAGUAAGGACGAAGAAGAUCUCAGGGGUAUUUCGGAAGCAAUAGUAAUCUUAAAAAGACCUUUGAUCCACAUUUAAAAACCAGCUCAUCCAGCCUUGGAGUUGGAGUUUCUGCGAGCUGAUAAUGCUAAACAAGUUCGUUGUUAUGUGGUCACUUGUGAGGGCUCUGGGCCCGAACUGCACAGUCGCCUUACAACCUUCCAUACGUCCUUCAGUCAAAACUUUGGUCCUUAUUGUCUGUCGCAUGGCAGCCAUCUGAUAUAUGGUAAAAAGCAGGCAACCUAGGAUGGGUUGCUGCUGAUGAUGGUUUGAGUCCGCGUCACGCAAGGGUUGGGCAGGUAUUUGCAUCGAAAAGCACUAAGCGCUGGGUUAGAUGGUAGUUGGUAGCCCUCCCGGUGCCGAAAACUCCCAGCUACCUGUCUUACGGGACCGGUGGUAAUAGGGGCUAUACGGGUGGGGCAAAUGAGUAGAGGCGUAAAUGGAGCUGGUAGUGUAUGCCUGGAAUUGACGCUCCUGUUAAAGUGAAAGCCUAAUUUAAAUAAGGUGAAAAAUGCAAGAAGGGUAUGGAAAUGAGCAUGCUUAAUUAGAACGGUAUGCGGAAUAAAUCCAGCCUUACCUCAGAUUGGAUAGAAUAGCAACUGAAGGUGAACAACCAAUGGGAAGAAGGCAGUGUGUCUUAGGGUCAUUUCGCAGUAUGUGCGACAUGAGAACACGAGAAUCAACCAACGGCACGCAGGACGGCAUAACGCAAGCGGGGUAAGACUUUAAUGCCAAGAAUAUGUUUGGGCAGAAGAGAAAAUCCGCAAAUAAUAGUUUAUUGCCACUGUGGCCACAUUUAGAAUUAAAACUAUGGCAGUAGUUGUGUGCCAUACGUGGUUGGAGUAUCGGUAAACACCCUAUCUGCGCGACGGUUGUCCUUUUCGUACACGAUCACGCCGGACUCUGCAGGAGGUCUGGAGUAAAAAGACCCAAGGACGCAGGCAAACCGACAAAACGCAGACCCGCGCCAAUCCGCCUAGGAUGGUAAUGAGAAGCAUGAUGAAUCAUAAUCCGCCUAGGAUAAAUCUUUCGUCCUUUACUAAAGCUUUACGUGUGGGGAGUGCAAGACGAUGAAUCUAUAUAGGCAUUUUUGCAGCGCCUCGUUCUCGGGGCGGUUAAAGUGAAUAAGAAUGUCACCCUGACAGGGCUUCUGCGUGUGCACUCCCAGACAUAUUGAGAACGAAAUCACAGCUACUGAAAUCGUAGUGCCUUAAACUGGAAGUGCAGGAAAGGAUCGCUAACUGGCAGGGCUACCAACUACUAUCCCGCCAAGCGCUGAGCUACGACUCCGCGCUAUGCCUUGACUGGGAUAGGGAAACUUAUCGUCCGAUGUGACAGGGUCAUUUGGGUCGUUCGGCAUUUUAAGGUCAUUUGAGCGUCGACCGACCGAGUUCAAUAAUUCCUCUGACGUGCUUCUGAUAGCUGUCUGCUGCGAAUAUUCAUUUUCUAUGCUGAUAAACAAAGGUAAACUCAGACGGAAUCCCCGACCAGAAUUUGUCACUGCUUGCUUCUAAUGGCUGUUGAUUGGAAGAGAGAGAUACAGUCAGCGACCAAUUUCAUGAAAUGUUAACCGAAAUAGUGCAGGUUAUUGGCCUGUUAAAGGUCGCUAAGGUUCUUCUACCGCGGCUCCUUCUACCCACAAACUCGCAACAGUGGUGACUUAUUAGGAAAAUGUGUGUGCUACUCUGGGGAUCGGACCUAGAGAUUCGACCUACUCGAUCGUUUUUACCCUAAUGAAGCGCAAUUUAAAGCUCACAUCCCCUACGACGACCGACUCUUACUACUGAUUCCAAGGAAGCCAACAAGCCACUGCCGAUAGAAGCGAAAAUGAGAGAGCACAGAAGCAACUAGGAAGAAAGGGGUGUGAUUGCUAAAACAGGAAGUUUAUUCUCCCGAUGGUUCCUAAUUCCCACUCGAACCUACCAUUAGAGACCGCCAGCCGACUGUUUCCCCUGUACCCAAAAUUCUAUGGUGAAUAUUGCGAUCCAAUAAACCUUAGGGGAUUCAUUUUAUCCAGAAAUUUGCAGCAGUUUGUGUAUCCAUUUUGUAGGAGCCAAGGGAAGAUCAAAACGUUUUAAGAAAUAUUUGAAACUUUCACUAGUCUUCCUUCAGAAAGGUUUAUUGUUGUAUGGAGUAAGGUAGUAAAGAGAGUUUCUUUCAUGCGACUCAGUAUCUUUAGGAGUUAGAUAUAGUUAUGAACACCCUGCGUCACCAAUAUCGAGAAUUAGGUGGGACCACGGUUUUACAGGCGAAAACACCCAAAGUCACAAAACGGCAACCCUGGAAAUGCACGACGAUUAAAAUCCUACUUCCGUUCUUAACCCUAAACCCAAUUUUAACUGCUGGUUGAUUAAACCGCACUCGAUAGAGUUGUGCCCUGCGUUGUCUCCAUGGGGUCACGAAUAUUAAAAUAGUCUCGACUACCCUAGUAAUAUAAGUAUCCAAUACAAGCAAAGAUGCGAAUUGCCGAACACGCGGCGGCGGUACGGAGAAAUGACGCCAACUCCCAUGUCGCGGCCCAUUCGACGAGACCCGGCCACGCAUUCAACUUCGAUGAGGCCGAAAUUCACGUGAGAGGGGAUAAUCGCGUAAGCCGCGAGUUGCUUGAGUCAUGGUUCACGGGACCUCAGUCUAUCAAAAAGUGCAACGAUAUCCCCACUCCAUAUUCCGUGCUGAGGCAUAGGCCGGUUAAAGCAAUAGACAACUCGGGGAGCGCGCAAGCCGGUGAGCCAGAUGGCCGAGCAAUCAUCACGCCAGCAUCCAACACGGGUUGAUGAGAUUUCAGCAAUUAACAACUUGCAUGCCGGCCAGCAAGCAAGUAGCGCACCAGCGGGCAACAAUUCUUGAUGAAGGGGAGCGCGGUUAAUUGUCAUAGGUAUGCGGUAGCAUAGCGACUGCAUCCUAUAAAUACUGCAACUUCCUGUGCACAAGUCAGCCGUUUCUGCCACAUUCCCUGAUAAUGGGUUCAAGUGAGAAUUCGAAACGUCGGGCGAAUAAAGCCCUUGUUCCAGCGAUCGCCUCUUCUUCUUAUAAGUAGUCAAAUUUUACCCAUUUUCGAUGGAUGCGGCCAUAACUACCCUACCUUGGUGCAGCCAACGUUCCCUCAGCGGCUACCAACAAGGAGUAUGCUGUUACACAUGAAGUAUGCCGGUCCUCCUCUAUCGAUCUCGAAUUGUCACCUGAUUCGUGAUCAAUGCUUGCAUUUGGAAACCGUGUUGCCUGUUUUAACGCCUAAGACACUUCAAGUGAGGACGAACUCGCAUGAGUUGCCCUCUUACGCGUAAUUACGUAGUUAUUUUCAAAUUGGCGAUAGAGGCGUCUAUUUACUCCCGUUCGUGUACAUUUUAGCCCGCAAAGAAGGUCGAUUCGUCGACUCGCAGGCUCGUGAGGGGUGCCUCGGGGGAGGGCGGCAAAACAGCGUGGGAUGAAAGAACGGUAAACGGGCGACAGUGUCAGGAGGUAGAAUUCAGGACUACCAGACGUGCGAGGCAGGUGUACCGAGUGAACCAGGACAGCCAUCAGCAGUUGCAGCGGCGCCAUUCAGCAACAAACAACAACAAGAAUAGUGCCAGAAAUUCAGCUGCAUCCAGCAGGUCUUACGUGAUUGUCGAAAACCCCUCUCAAGUACGUCAGUUUGGGUCUUCUUGUUUCUAUUCGGCAGCCGUUUCAUUUGAAAGACGUGCUUGACUCAGAAAAACUGUCUACGGCCAUGGAUGAAAUUUUGAGUAUUGAUUUUCGAUUUUGAACUGCGAGCGAAAUCUGAUUUUCGCGUUUACGGUGACUGCACAAGGAGUGUGCGGCUCAUAAAUAGUGAUAAGGGUUGCGUCGGUAAUCGUCCAUUUGUCGGCUAUCAGCUGCGUAAUGUGGUACACUGUGUGACACUUCAUAUUGAAAUAAGUAUGCACUCGUUUAUAUAUCGGCAUAUCUAUAAUAUGGUAGAGAGCGCUCAUCGAUCGCGUUCCGGAAUCAGCUCGUCCUGUUGUGCUUUGAGACUCGUCUUUUUCAACCCUCUCUCGAAGCUAUCAUCAAGGAAUGAAGGGAAAUACAACUCUCCACACAUGUAACACAUGGCUGUCGAGAGUGACUUUUAGCUGUGCCACUGAGCCGUUCACGCAGCGCCCCGUAGGGGACCGGCAAUUCGAUGCGCUAUCGGUUCGAGUGAGAUCCGAAACGCCAGGCGAAUAAAUUAUCUGUCGCUUGUUAAAGUUCCUGACUGUUUUAACUCCCUUAGGGUUCAGCGCAGAAAACAAAAGGAAAAUUAACUUACUGGAACAUUGUAGUUUUUCGUUUGCUCUGUUCACAAUCAAACGCAAGUUCACAAAUAGCAAACCAAAAGCCAAACUGAAUAGUGAAGGGCUUCUGCACCGCAUAAUAAGCGAUCAGCGUUUUUAACUGAGUUCUCGGGUGCGCCAAUUUAUUGUGCUUGGACCUGAGAAUGACAUCUCGGUCAACGAAUGACCCACCAUGUCUCCACAAUGUGUGUACAGUGCGUGGCCGAACUCAUAAAAUGUUGGCUGAAAUUCUGACAUACGUUUUCGAUUCGGAAGGAUUUCUUAGGUGGAUUUGUAGAACUAAUUAUUUUGUGGCAUAAUCCUAUAGCAUUUCAGAUUCGGCAGGACGUCGAUGGUUGAAUUCAAUUCUUUUCUACCUUCUCUAAAGACCGUACUCGGUAAAGAAUGACUACAUAUGUAGCAUGCAUUUUUUACAUUGAUUUUUGAUGGUCUUUUAAAUUCAAAUAUAUUUUAUAAAAAACAUAAACUAAAAUGCUUUCUUUUACUCAUUUGACAGAGAAUCAUGGCGUCUUUUUGUUGUAUACUUGAGGAAGGAGUAUAAUUAGGCUUUAAAAAUGUUUUAUGAUUCCAGGAUAAUUUGGGACCUAAUCAGCCGUUGCCUUAAGGCUUAGUGAUUUCAGUCUACAAGGUGCAUGCGUUCCGUGUAUAGGAAAUCAUACAUUCUUCUAUGCCUUUAAGAAGAUACCAUAUAGAACCCAUAACAUUUUGCAGUGAAUGCGAACUAUGCUGCACAUUUCAUGAGGAGCAGUGUUAGGUGGACAGGUACGAUGCUGUGUGAAUGCACAUUGCACAGACUUAAAAAUCUCAUAAUUAGAAACGUUUUUAAAACCGAAUUAUACUCCUUCCUCAAGUACACAACAAAAAGACGUCAUGAUUCUCUACCAAAUGAACUAUGUUUGAAUUUAUAAGGCCAUCAAAAAUCAACGUAAAAAAUGCAUGCUGCUUAAGUAGUCAUUCUUUACCGAGUACGGUCUUUUGAGGAGGUAGGAAAGAAUUGCAUUCAAACAUCGACCUCCUGUCGAAUCUGAAAUGCUAUUGGAUUAUGCCACAAAAUAAUAAGUACAACAAAUCCACCUAAGUAAUCCUUUCUAAUCGAAAACGUAUGUCAGAUUUUCAGCCAACAUUUCAUCAGAUCGGUCACGCACUGUAGCUUCCAGCCACAUCGAAUUUAAGACUGGAUCCGGUCUGUCAUGUGAGCCGGUUUUUAAUUCCCACCUACUGUCAGCAUCCGCGUUGGGAGUACUCUUCACCUUUUUUAUCAUCCCCACCUUCCCGUUUUAACUUGCAGCUGCAAAAGCCGACGAAAACUGCGCCCAAGCCACGUCGCUGUCCAGCGAAAUGCACCAAUCGCAGCUGCCGUGCGCGUCUUUCAAAUGAAAAGCAUGCUGGCGAGGAGUCAGUAGAAGGCGAAGACUUUGUCAAUGUGGAGGGCGGUGAGGACGACAGUGAAACCCUGGCUGUUCGCUCGUCCGGUAAUUAUGCUCCAGACGUCUACGGAGAGAGUUCGGAGGACAGUUCGGAGGAUGCCUCCUGGAGCCCACGCAAUUACUUCGGUUACCGGGGGCACCUUGGGAUCGAGUUCUUCACUGACAAUGCGAUGGCCGCUAUGUGCGCCUAUCCCAGGAACCCCCUCGGUAUUGAGGCCCUUCAGAAACGCACCAUGUCCUCGGGCAGGAAUACCAUAAGAUUUUAG